CAUAUUCUCGCGCGCGAUUACAGAGGGGGGGCGCGCGAACGUAGCAUGUAGGCAAGCGAGCCGAGGGGAGUCAAGCGCGCUCUCUUCGCGCGUAACCACGCAGCUGGUCUGACCGUCCGUUUCCGAACAUCUCUGUAUAGACUAUGGAAGCUUAAAUAUAUUUCGCAGUUUAUCCAAAUUACACGGCUCCGGGUUAUUUUUCGAUACACCUACCCUGACAAACUACAAAAAUUAAUAAGUGGCGACGAGGAUGGGAUUCUCGGAUGUACGGGAAUACGCGAAAGUGAAGUGGUUCUUGAGCUAACCUGCAAGUGUCGUUCAAGAAAAGCACGUGGUGUUACAGCAGUUCGUUUCGAACGGGAAGAGGAAACGGCAUUUAGGAAUUGAACAAAUCUCGAGCGAAAUCAGAGAGACAAUGGCGCAAACCGAACAAAGCAGUCAAAUCGUCGUAUAAAAUGCUUUGCAGGUGGAAUUUUACGAUUCCAGUAAGAAUUGGAAACGUUGGUUACAACGAUUUGAGGGAUCGUUCAAAGUAUACAAAGUCCAGGCGGACGAACAAAAGAAGAAGCAAUUAGCGGGGGAAUCCAACAAAGAUUUUCUUGCCGCCCUACAGAGGCUAAGUAUCCACUGUAAGUUUGGAGCUUACCUGAAUACAGCGCUAAGGAAUCAAUUCGUCUUUGGCCAAAGCAACCAUCGGAUUCAAGCUCGGUUGUUGGAGAUGAAGGAUCUAACGCUGGAGAAAGCCGUCCAGAUAGCAACCACGAUGGAGCUAGCGGAAAAGGGAGCUUUACAAAUAUCUACAGAUCAACCAACGCAAGUGGAUUCGUUACACUUCAACCAACAGAGGAGGACUAGCAAGAUGCAACCGAAAGAAAAAUUUUCAAGUUUGAAUAAGAAUAAUAAUAAUAUGUGGCAAAGGGCAUUAUGCUUCCAAGUGUACUCUAGAUAGGAGUGUGAAAUGCCAUGGCUGUGGAAAUAAAG